GAUUCCAACUAUAGGUAUGUUUAUUUACACAAGAUGAUGAUGGUGGGAAUGCCCAUCCCGUAAGAGGCAGGUCCUUGGAAAUCAGCUUCCAGCAGCUAUAAAAGUAAUUGGUAAUUCCUAAUUUCUCUCCUGUUUUGCAUAAUUUAUCCCCAUCAAAACUCCAAUUAUUUCUAUUAUGAAGCUUUCAAUCUUAUAUUACGUUGCUUUCACUGCAGCUUAUAUCCAAAAAAGAGAUUCUGACUUAUGUAUUGCUGAUUGUGUCAUGAAAGUGGAAGCUAAAAGCCCCAAAUGUAUAUCGUUUUUCAAAGACAUUGUGGCAAUGAAGAAAUGUAUUUGUGCUCAAGAUAGCACUUACUGGAACCCAUUGGUUGAAUGUGUUGCUGACUGUCCUGGCUAUGCUGAUGAGGCAGAAGCUGGUGCCAGUAUUAUGAAGGCUAGUUUCUGUGCUGCUAAUGCGCAAGUUGAACCUAUUGCUGAUGAUGAAAAAGCCGCUUCCACUUCUUCUAAAACCAGUUCUUCCACUUCAUCUAAAACCAGUUCUUCCUCUUCUUCUAAAACUAGUUCUGCUACCUCUUCUAAAACCAGUUCUGCUACUUCUUCAACCAGUGGAACCACCAGUGGAACUGGCAGUAAAACUACUGGUUCCCAGACAUCUUCUGGAUCCACAACUUCUUCAACUAGUACCAAGUCCACUACUUCACAUAUCACCAACAAAGGAUCCGCUGCUGAAACAAAGAUUGACUCUUUAAUGGGAUUGUUGAUGCUUGCCUUGUUUUAGGUUUGCUACAAAAUUGCUGAUUUUUAUAUGAUUCUUUAACUUACUCUUUAAUGUGUUUGUCUUUAUAUUUGAAAUACAUUUUUUAUUC